AAAUUAUUGUCCAUAACCCCGCCUAAUAUAGGUAGGUAGAUAUUACACACGCGACCUUAUACCUCAGUCUAUGGGCAUGGCCUUCUAGUAGCGUGAACGUCUAUUAUGAGCGCAUCUAGGAUACAUUCUAAGGACCUUACUAGUCAACAUGGAUUCGAGGUUAACUAUCACACCACCUCUUUCACGGCGAGGUCACGGUCCAGGAUUGCUUCUUCUCGUCGAUGAAGGACUUGAUCUCCGCAGGCAUAAGAAGACCUUGGACCCGCCACCCUUAUUAAAAUGGGCCGAGGAGGGUUUCGCCGUUGCUCAAUUGAGAGCCGCGGCGUCUAACAAGGACUUCAUACGCGACGGUCUCCGUUUAGCACUCUCCGAACUAUCAGGGUCGUCGUCCUGUGACCAAAGCGAGAGAAUCGGAAUCAUGAUCUAUAUGCCUGUCGUAGAACCCGCCGUACUAGAAACAAUCGGGGCUUAUUCAGAGAUCUGUGCCGUGAUCUGGUACGGUGCAUCGUCAGCGAGCACAACUAGAAGCGAGCUGCCAUUGUUAGCACAUGUCACAGGAGCUAUGAAGGCCGGAGGAGACAUCGCAGGUGGAGACGGCCAUGUGAAGCGCCACUACUAUACCCGUGCGGGACCUUUCUUCGCCAUUCCAGCUCACGAAGACUAUCACGAUGCUUCAGCCUGUGUCGCCCACACGAGAACGCUCUCUUUCUUGAAGCCGCUUGUUGGCGGACCUCACUUCGACCUCGAGAAGGUUUGGGAUGAGCACACCUACUGGGAAUUCGAAGCGCGAUCGGUCGAGGAGACGAUGGCGACCAUGGUCGAGGAACCCUACGUGAAUCACAUCCCAACGCUGACCGGGGGCGUCGGGCGACAGGCCCUGACCGAUUUCUACAGGCACCAUUUCAUCUUCAGUAACCCACCCGACACGGAGCUUGAGCUCGUGAGCCGUACCGUGGGAAUAGAUCGCGUAGUCGACGAAUUCCUCUUCAAGGCUACCCACGACCGCGUAAUUGAUUGGCUAGCUCCCGGAAUUCCGGCAACCGGGCGACCUAUCAGCAUCCCUUUUACAAGCGUGGUUAACAUCCGCGGCGAUCGCCUCUACCACGAACAUAUCAGCUGGGAUCAAGCGACGCUGCUGAAGCAGUUGGGCUUGCUUCCCGACUACCUACCGUUUCCAUAUGCUAUUAGAGGAGAGGAAGCCGCCACGAAUAAUACGAGCUUCGAAUACCGUCUACCCGUCGCCGGAGCCGAAAGCGCGCUUAAGCUCUCUAACCAGAGCUCGGUAGAUUCGAACGCAAUGCUUCGGUAUCGUUAUAGAGAAGCUGCUCAUCCAAGUGUUCCUUGUUUGACAAGCUUGAAAACUGGCGUCGGAUGUCCUACGCCGUUGCAAGGCGAAACGGACAACUAGAUACCUAGGUCAUCGCUGGCUAGGUAUUUUGUUUAGGUACCUGGUAGUUUAUAAUUAUAUAAAUAUCCCGCCGGCACCACCCCGCAUUCUUCGCGCGACGUAAGCUUUAUCUGACCAAUGU